CUUUUCCUAUAUAUUAAUAAGAAGAUGUGUUUUGAAAAUGUUGGUGGUUUCCCUGAUCUUGAUUCAGGAUACCCUACGAGAAAGAAUUCACAAGAUAAGCUUUGUUAGAAUAAAAAUACAUGUUCCUUCCUCACACAGUUGUCUUACUUUUGAGAAUAAUGGAUUUUAUUAUGGCUAGUUGAUGCUGCAGAUGAUGAAAGACUGUCAUUUUGCUGGUUGAUUAUGGAUUCAUUUCAAGAUAUUUAUUUAUGCUGCUUUCUGAUUAUUUUCAAUGCAUAUUGAAUGGAAAACGCAAAGCAGCAGCCUCCCCUGGUAAACAUAGUGAGUUUGAGGUAGCAAAAGAAAAUAGCUAUGAAAUAGAACUUGAAGAAAUGGAGUUGAUCUGUUUAUGAAACAGAAGAUCUUUCUGUGCAAUUUUUUUUCCUUUUUUCUGCUGAGUAGAUUGGAAAAAAUGGCAUUUUUUAGAAACUUCCACCAAAAUCUGAGCCUUCCUUCUGUGUCUUCUCUGGUGGACACUCUUAGCAGUGCUGUGGAUGAUCUGACCAGUGUUGUUGGAGAAGUUGGCUAUAGUGUAGCUGAUUCAGUAACAGAACAGGUAACAAACAUGAUAAAUGGCCUUCGUGCAGAAGAUGAGAGCUCCAAAAUGCGGAAUGAUAAACCAGCACAAGAUAGAGAAGAAAAUGCACCAUGGUUAACUGAGCCUAAGGAAAUUAAUAUUAAAGCCAAGAGGGAUAUUGCAGAACAGGAGAUUCAGUAUUCCAAUUCCUUUGAAGACAGAAAUCAAGAUGGAGUAUUCAACCAUGUUGUGGGUGAAAACCAGUACCUAUUAAAAGGCAAAGAUAGUGAUGAUUGCUUAGAAGAUACAGAAGUACCUUGGGAUUUUAAGAAUGCGGGAAGACCUCUUAAGAGGGAAGUAGUAGGAGGAAAUGACUAUUUAGAAAAUGAUAAGUUACUGAAGGAUAGUAGCCUGAAAAGUAAUAAAUUUACAAUGCAGGAGUCUAUUGAGAAUCAAGGCAGUUGCCUACAUACAAUACCUAAUAAUUCUAAGAAUCACUGGCAUAACAAAAUCAAGCCAUGUUCUCAUGGAAUUGAUUGUAAUGACUCUGAAGAAGUGCAUGGUAUGAAUGUUCCUCGAGAUUUAGAAACAAAAUUUGUUGAAGUACAGAAGCAGAAAUUAUCAGACUCCAGUUUGAAGAUAUACAAUAAUCUCCCCAGUUGCAUUAAUGAAGUCAAAGAGAAGUCUGAAGCCUUUUCUGACAGAAAAGAAAAAUCUGAAGGUGAUGCAUCACCUACUGUUGCAAAAGUAGGUAACAAGAAAAACUCAAAGAAAUCAGAAAAGAAAUCAAGAGGGCUGUGUAAUAAGAAGACAGCAGGAAAAGACAACUCUUAUAUGAGUAAAGAUCAGCAUGGUUCAUCAUCUGAGAGUGAAGAUGAAGCACUGGGUAAAUAUCAUGAGGCCCUGUCUAGAACCCAGAGUUCCAGGCUGCCAGUGGUGGAUGGCAGACAGCAAAAAAACUAUGUAUGGGAAACCAGGCAAAAAUAUAGCCCCCUGUCUGCAGAAUAUGAUGGAUACAGUAGUGAAGCCUCAAUAGAUGAAGCUAACUGCAUUCAGAGAAUGAGAAGAACGCCUCCACUAGAUGAACUGCAGCCACCUCCGUAUCAGGAUGAUAGUGGUUCUCCUCAUCUAUCAUGUACACCUUCUGAAGUUGGAGACGGUAAAUGUGAAUUUUCCCAGUGUAGCAACAGUCCAAGAUGUUCAUAUAAGUGUCCAAGUGAGGGAAGCACAGGACAUGAAAUAGAAAGCUUCCAUAACAAAGGAUAUGAAGAGGAUGUGCCAAGCGAUAGUACAGCUGUCCUUAGUCCAGAGGAUAUGUCAGCUCGAGGAUCGUCUUCACAGCUUCCUAAACCUUUUGAUCCUGAGCCAGUAGCUAAAUAUGGCACGUUGGAUGUGACUUUUGACUAUGACUCACAGGAACAGAAGCUUUUGGUGACAGUGACAGCUGUCACAGACAUUCCCACAUACAGCAGGACAGGUGGAAGCUCGUGGCAAGUACACCUAGUUCUUCUCCCCAUAAAGAAACAGAGAGCGAAAACCAGCAUCCAGCGGGGACCGUGCCCUGUCUUCACAGAGACAUUCAAAUUUAAUCACGUUGAGUCUGAGAUGAUUGGGAAUUACGCAGUUCGCUUUAGACUCUACAGUGUACGUCGCAUGAAAAAGGAGAGGAUUGUGGGAGAAAAGAUUUUUCACUUAACAAAAUUGAAUCUUCAAGGGAAGAUGUCAGUGCCAGUGAUAUUGGAACCUUCUUACAGUCUGUCUGGUUGUGACUCUCAAAUGAGCAUGUCAGAAGUAUCCUGCAGUGAAAGUACCUCCUCUUGUCAGUCUCUGGUGCAUGGCUCAGCUCCAGAAAUCCUCAUUGGCCUCCUUUACAAUGCUACAACUGGAAGAUUAUCAGCAGAAGUGAUAAAAGGCAGCCACUUCAAAAACUUGGCAGCAAACAGACCACCCAAUGGACUGUUCUGUUGUCUAAAACACUUGAUAGGUGGACAGGUUUAUAUAAUUCGAGAUACAUAUGUUAAAUUAACACUCCUGAACUCCAUGGGGCAAGAGAUGUCCAAAUGCAAAACUUCAAUCCGACGAGGACAGCCAAAUCCAGUGUACAAAGAAACCUUUGUUUUCCAAGUGGCGCUGUUUCAGCUCUCGGAUGUAACGCUCAUACUGUCUGUAUAUAACAAGCGCAGCAUGAAACGGAAAGAGAUGAUCGGCUGGAUAUCCUUAGGUCUCAACAGCUCAGGAGAAGAUGAACUCAACCACUGGACUGAAAUGAAAGAAUCUAAAGGACAGCAAGUAUGUAGAUGGCAUACUUUACUAGAAUCUUAAUGAACAGUUCAAAGCGCAGUCGUGGUUUUAAGGGAGCUUUGCCUUUCGAGAUGAUGAUCAUUUCACGUCACAGUCUGCAGAUUUGGCGCGGAAGUGAAAAAUGAAAAUUGAGAUCAACAUUCCAUCUUAAAGAGUGCACAACCUGCAGAACAGUGGGAUUUAAUGUAUAAUCUUCACUUAGUAUCAAACACUUCCUUGGUGUCAGAGGAGCCUUGCUGUAUGCAAGUAUGUUAGCAGUCCCUCCCCCAUCCACCUGAUGCUGUAUUUGUUUGGAUUUGUUUUGUGUUAUUCAAUUCAGUAACAUUUUACGUGAACUUUUCCAAAUUGAUGCAAGCUCCUUAUUGUGUACUUUUUGUAAUGCUCUAAAUACUGUAGCUUCUGACCUGCCUGCAAUCAGACUAAGGGUCAAUAAUUUGCACUAUGAGAAAAAGUUGAUGAUCUGUAAAGCAAAAAAACAAACAAACACCAAUACCAAACAGGGAAAAAAGAACCCACCCCAGGGGAGAAGAACAUUUAGUAAUACGGCAUAUAUGAAUGCAGUGUUGUUUUACACUGAGUUUCUUUCCAGGAGCUGAGUACAAUUAAGUUUUCAUUUUUGAUAUGCAGUUGGUUUGAAAAAUACUAGCAUUUGGGCAUCAGGUGAACUCUGAUGUAAAUGUUUCUUCAAUAUGUGGCAGGAACGAGCUCUAUAUAUGGCAUAAAUUGGGUUUUUCCCCUUUGCCUGUACUUCUGCCUAAUCCAAAGAGACCAGAUCAGUAGUUUGGUCCCUUCCAAAUCUCCUUAGACAGGUUGUACUGUAAAACUAUGUAACUUUCUGUUGAAAGCACCUCCUGUGUUCAUGUAUUCCCAUGUAGGAAGCUCAUACAGCAUGAUUUUACUAAAAUAUUUUUGUGUUGAACAAAUCAAUAUGGGUUUCUUUAAAAUGUCAGCAGUUAGAAGCUAGCUUUGAAAGACUGAAGAUUGCAGCAGCAGCUGAACAAUGCAGAACAAAUGAAAAAUAUUAUGACUUUGGUUAAAACAGAUCCAUUUGAAACUCUUCUGAGCUGUUUUAGGGACUACUCAAUGCUGUUUGUGGAAGUGCAGAGCAGACCAGGAGUUUUUUGCCUUUCUUCUUAGAGAAGACAGCAUUAAUGAGUUUCUGGGUCUUUGUUUUUCUUUUUUAGUGAUUUGCCAACUAUUGAAUGAAUUUUCAUGCCCAAAAAAGAAAUUUUCAUUGUUUAUGUUCAGGUUGGGAGGCACAGCUUUCUAACAGCACAGUUGAGAAGCCACAGUAUCGCAAGGAAGUUUCUCUGUCAGAUGAACACUUCUGGCUUCCACUGAAAUUAGGAAAAUGACUGUGCGCCCAAGACUCCAGUUUGUUCCAAAUAUUUUAGAGGGAAUCACACUAAUUGUCUAAUUGCUGAAACUAAUUCAGAUUAGUCAAAUUGUCAAUUAUUGAGUAAUUAUUGUUUUUAAAAGCUUCCCAAUUCAAAUAUUCUAGUUGCCUGCAGCGAUGUUUCGUUUGCUUUUAUUACCACGCAGAAAGUAAGCAUAUUUGUUGUUCUUAUAAAGGAUGUUGAUGUCUUACUAGUAUGAAACCUCACGGACUGUUUUAACAUGUGGUAGGUAGAAGAGUGAAGUUUAGGAUUUUCUUGAGAGAAUUAGUGGUAGCCUAGAGCGUUCUGAUAAGGACUUUUUCUUUUAAAGUUGCAUUUGUUUAUAAUACCUUUGAACAAUCCUGGCUUUAGGAUAUACAGUCGAGCAUAGUGAGAUUGGAGACAGCAACUAUAGUAUAAGAUAUUUCAUGUGGUUCUCAAAUUCUCACACCAGUUAACAAUUUCACUAGGGCCUUUCUAAGGGUAUUGUAAUACCACUUAGUUUAUUUGGUGCCUUCUGAUGGGUUUAUUUGCAGUGGCAGGUUUUCUGGUUUUAAAGAUUUAAGAUUUAAAUAUUAGCAGGCCUUUUUUUGUUGUUGUUUUUUUAAUCUUAUAUUGUGCUGCUGCUUCAUUUAUGGAAGAUUUAUUUACUACGUAGAAAUAAUCCAAAAACUCUUUAACGUGGAAAGAUCUUGCAGUGCUACAAUACAGUUUGUUUCUUCUAGUCCUUGUUGUUCCUCAAUUUGUGAAGUGCAGUGCUGAGUGUAGCCUUUAAUCAAAAAAAAAAACCAAAUGUUAAUUUUAUGUGCAUAAGGAAAUUGCUCAGAUUUUUCCCAAUCCUGUUCUCUUUCCUACAAUACAAAUUCUGACUUAAAAGCUAUUCAAAAGCAAUUUUUCAAUGGACAUGGAACCAUUUUCACUCAUUCUGUUUGUGGAUAUUCUGAUGCUUUUUUUCUUGAAGCUGAAAUGUGUCUCUUAAUUAUUGUCUCUUUGAACAGGUUUUGCUUUGUAAAAUAAUGUACAGUAUUUAACAGCAGAAACGGAAGAAGUUAAUUCUAAUGGAGGAUAUAUUUAAAGUUGCCACUGAACAAAUGAAGAAGCCAGUUUGCAAGGUGCAGCAUAUGGCCUCUUACAGAAUCCAAACUAAACCAGCUAUGUCAUGACUUUGGUUUCUGUUUGUAGGUUGCACUGUUUCAGUUUUACAUGCAAUCAGUCAGAUUUCUAAGACACUGAAACCUCAAUUUAGACACAGCAGAGAUUUAUAGUAAUCUCUGUUGGACACGUUUGGGAAAAGGAAUCUCCUUCCACAUUAUGUGACUCUUCCCAUGGUAUCUAGUUCCAUUUUUUGCUUCACAGAGGAAAGUUUGGCUAAUUUGGGUUUAUUCAGUGAAGGCUGGAAACUGUAAAUAAUGGAAAUGAAUAUAUAAUUUUCAGGUGGUAGAAUAUUGAUUUUUCUGUGUAAAACCAGUCACAGCAAUAAUUGGAUUCACCCUGGCAUUUUUACAAAUUAGUUACAGUAUCAGUGCUGUCACAUUGUUCUUUCUUCAUAGAUGCCAUUCUUAUGCUUUGUUCAUAAUUUUGUUCAUCUGGUUGUUUUAAGUGAAUCAAUAUUUUCCCAUUUGAAAUCUGCCUUGAAUAUGUAAGACCCUGCAUAGGGGUUUAUUCAUAUACUGUGUUUUUGUGCAUUCAGAUAAGUCUCAAGUGUGGAAGAGAAUUUCUAAAGAACAAAGUGUUCAAAACAAAUUGGAAACGGGCAUUUGUGUUUUUCUCAGAUUUGUCUGUGUUCUUCAUAGCUUUUUAUUGCUUAUCUUUAUUCAAAAGUACAACUGGUACUUGGAAGAAUUUACCAAAUUGUUUAAUUGCUUUUCUGUUUGUCAAUAUACUACAUAGAGAUGAAAACUCUUGAAUGGAAUGUUUCCUGCCAGCAACGGUUUAAGUGUAGAACAGUGAAGUUUUUACAGGCUCUAUUCUUGAAAAUAUUCCAUCCUUUUUGCAUAUAAUCUAAUUGUUUUGAUGUUAAGAACAUUUCACAUAGAUCUUCUCAAAGGUAAAUUCUUCCUGAAGAUAAUAAAUAUGGAAGGAGAUGGGUUAGUUCCUUUCACAAUCUGCGGUACAGGCAAGAUUGCAAUCUGUACAGAAGCAUGAAAUCACUGUUCAGAAGGAUGAGAGAGGACUUGCAGUCCCUGUAGGACAUUGCUGUCUCCCACAUAUUCAGAGACAUGGAGUAAGCAGAGCCGUGCUUUCACUCCCUAUUCAGCGGGUAGCGCUGGUGAGAUUCAGAGGUUGGUACCUGUGGUGCUGCUUCAGGCAGCCACGCUGUAACUACACAUUGAGUCCGACAGCAAAGGCAGGAGCCGGGCAAGGUGUAAGUUCUGCUAUUGGAGAAACGUGAUGUAAUUCUUCAAUCCAGUUAUAUUUGCAACCCUCUAAUCUAAUUAAUAAUUAGAUUACAAAAUAAGGUGAGCCUUUAGGGUUAAUAUAUUUGCUUUUAUUGGCGGGAAAGGUUAUUUAUCAAUGUAGAGAAUACUGAAGCUGAAAACUGUUUGGGUUUGGUUUUUUUUUGUCAUUUGCUCUAGGAAAUAUUUUCACCUGUAAAUUCUUGCAACCGUUCUGAUGCAAACGCAGUGCUUUUUUGGAGUUUUGAAGCAAUGUUUUUGUUGUAUAAAAGUUGUUUGAGUUGCUGAUUUAUUCUCUUUACUCCCCAAUGAUUUGCUCCUGCUUCGAACACCUU